GGGGAGCAGCGGCGGCCGCGGCGCUGGAGCAGCUGCGGAGCCUCAGCUCCGACUACAACUCCCGGCGGGCGGCGAGAAGCCGCGGUGACGUUUCCCGCCGCGAGGCGGCGCUCGGAGCGCGGGUCCCGCCCGGCUGCGCUCCGAGGCGCCGCCCCGGCGCUCGGGCACCGGUGCGGGGCGAGGGGCGGCCGCAAGGACGGGGUUCCCCGGUGCCCUCAGCUCAGCGGCCACCGCCCACUUACACCCGUGCUCGCCGCCCUGCGAUCCCGCCCUUCGCGCCCCGCCGCUGCGGGCCUUUCUCCGUCCGUCAGCCUGGUGUGCAUACUGGAGGUGCAGAAACCAUGUAGCAGAAAGCUUUGAGCAGCUGUGGUUUAUCAGUUUCUCCCAAGAGCAAUAUAAAGUGAAGAAUGAAGGCGACUGGAUUUAUUUCCCUGUGGACGUUGGUUUCACUGCCUUGUGGCCCCUUAGCAAACCCUGCAGAACGUGAAGAUGUAGUGAAGCAUGCAAUAAAGCUGCACCGUGGUAAAGGAGCUGUUAUCACUCAGAGGAAGCAGUGGGUGUUGGAGAGCUGCAGAAAACUGUCUGGUCUUCUUCGCCAAAAGAAUGUUGUUCUCAACAAACUAAAGAAUGCUAUAAGAGCAGUUGAGAAGGAUGCAGGACUGUCUGAUGAAGAGAAACUUUUUCAGGUGCACACCUUUGAAAUUUUCCAAAAGGAGCUAAAUGAAAGUGAAAACUCAGUCUUUCAGGCAAUCCAUAGCCUCCAGAGAGCUCUACAGGGUGAUUACAAAGAUGUUGUAAAUAUGAAAGAAAGCAGUAGACAGAGACUGGAGGCCUUGAGAGAAGCUGCAAUUAAGGAAGAAAUGGAAUAUGUUGAACUCUUAGCAGCAGAAAAACACCAGGUUGAAGCCCUUAAGAACAUGCAGCACCAAAACAAAAGCCUGUCAAUGCUUGAUGAAAUUCUGGAAGAUGUCAGGAGGGCAGCUGAUAGAUUGGAAGAGGAAAUAGAAGAGCAUGCCUUUGAUGAUAACAAAUCUGUAAGAGGUGUAAACUUUGAAGCAGUUUUAAGGGUGGAAGAAGAUGAAGCCAACUCCAAAAGAAAUGUUUCAAAAAGAGAAGUAGAAGAUGACUUAGGUCUUAGCAUGCUUAUUGAUUCUCAGAACAAUCAGUAUAUCCUUACUAAACCCAGAGAUUCAACCAUUCCUCGUGCUGAUCAUCAUUUCAUAAAGGAUAUUGUGACAAUAGGAAUGUUAUCUUUGCCUUGUGGCUGGCUGUGCACAACAAUAGGAUUGCCAACCAUGUUUGGAUAUAUCAUCUGUGGAGUACUCUUAGGACCCUCAGGACUAAAUAGUAUCAAGUCUAUUGUACAGGUGGAGACAUUAGGAGAGUUUGGUGUAUUCUUCACUCUCUUUCUAGUUGGUCUGGAAUUUUCUCCUGAAAGAUUAAGAAAGGUAUGGAAAAUCUCUUUGCAAGGACCCUGCUACAUGACAGUUCUGAUGAUUGCCUUUGGUUUACUGUGGGGGCACUUGCUCCAAAUUAGACCAACACAGAGCGUCUUCAUUUCCACUUGUUUGUCUUUGUCGAGCACACCACUGGUGUCCAGAUUUCUUGCAGGUAGUGUCCGAGGAGAUAAAGAAGGGGAUAUUGACUACAGCAGCGUACUGCUUGGCAUGUUGGUUAUGCAGGACGUGCAGCUUGGUUUAUUUAUAGCUGUCAUGCCUACACUUAUUCAAGCAGGAGUGAGCACAUAUUCCAGCAUUUUCAAGGAAAUUCUGAGAAUACUGAUACUGAUUGGCCAAAUUCUGUUUUCUCUGGCUGCUGUUUUUCUUCUAUGUCUUGUUAUAAAGACUUAUCUCAUAGGACCGUAUUACCGCAAGUUGCACACAGAAAGCAAAGGGAAUAAAGAAAUCCUCAUUCUAGGAAUAACUGCAUUCACCUUCCUUAUGUUAACGAUCACAGAGCUGUUGGAUGUUUCAAUGGAGCUGGGAUGCUUCUUAGCCGGAGCUCUGAUCUCUUCUCAGGGUCAUAUGGUUACUGAGGAGAUUAUGUGCUGUAUUGAACCAAUACGUGACUUUCUUGCCAUCAUUUUCUUUGCAUCUAUAGGACUUCAUGUUUUUCCCACAUUUGUAAUAUAUGAACUCACAGUCUUGCUAUUCCUUACGUUGUCUGUCGUCAUAAUGAAGUUUGUCUUGGCAGUGCUUGUCCUUUCUUUGAUUCUUCCAAAGACUAGCCAAUAUAUCAAGUGGAUUGUCUCAGCAGGACUGGCACAAGUCAGUGAAUUCUCUUUUGUUCUGGGAAGUAGAGCACGCAGAGCAGGGAUCAUAUCUCGGGAGGUCUAUCUUCUUAUUCUGAGUGUGACUACUCUAAGCCUUUUACUUGCCCCUGCCCUGUGGAGAGCUGCAAUUAUGAAAUGUGUUCCGAGACCUGAAAGACGCUCAAGUACUUGAUCAAGAUUUGCACAAAUAGAAGAAUAUGUCCUCUUGCAAGGAAAACAUCUUCAUUGCUCAUUGUAUUUCUAUGCACUCAGAAGAAAAGAUCUGUUGAGUAGUCAGUCCUCUUAACAAGCACUUGGUUAUAAGCCUUAUACUGACCUUAAAACAAAACAAAAUUCAAUACUAAAAAAUAGUUCCAUCUUGUGAAUUGCACACCUUUUACAAAAUUUACUUUAACUCAGAUUGGAAUCUGCUAGGAUACUUGUUUCUGAUCCAAUCUGUUACUCAGAGCAUAAAUUAUUUUUUUAAAAUAUAGCAUCAUGCAAACUAUGUUGAUUAUUUUUUUUGCCUGACUGUGCCUUUUAAUUUUCAUCCUGUUAAUGCUGGUUCAUCACCAGAUUUUGUUCAGAAAGGAAAAAAGAUAUGGAUAUCUGUAUUAUGGUGCCUAUGGUAUCUUCUUUCACUAAAUGACUUGAGUCAUUUUUGCAUUUAGGAUUUUAAUAUAGCAGUAUAAAAUUAAUUACAAAACAAAUUUCUAGUGGUAAAUAAAAGAGUGAUCUACACAAAGCAAAGUUUUAAAUGUUUAGCAUCACUUCUAAGCAGUUAAUUACAUAUUCCAAAUCAUGCAGCCAGUACUGCAUGAUGUUUCAUUCCAAAUUGCAGCAUAUAAUGUAUUUUCUUAUUGUGGCAUAGUUUGUGCUAGCUCUUGUAUUUAUUUACAUAUUUGACUAAAAAUUUAAAGUAAGAAAGGGCAUAACUUGUGUUUGCACACUGACAGUUGUUACCCAUUCUUGUUGCUAACUGCUGCUACAGUAAUGGUUUGCAGGGGUGUUUUAUUUUAAAUCGAAAAGAAAUGUAGUAAAACUGGGAAGUGUAAUUUCAAUUAGAUGUGAAAAAAUAGCACUUCUGUAACCUUGGAGGUUGGAUCUUAGUUGACACUAUUCUAUAUUUGAAAAUAUUUUAAGUAAAUUAACUUGCAGAAAACUGGAAACAGCAGGCUGGAUGUGUGUUUGCAACCCCAUAACCUUGUAAGUUAUAUUUACAUUGAAUAAAUUGUUAGUCUUUUUAAAAUA